AUGGCUAACAAGAAAGGCCAACAACAGGAAAUGGUACAGGUUGCAGACCACACCGAAAAAGGCUCUUCUCCGUUUUGGAAGUCAAAAUCAUCCACCCAGCGAAACGACAAGCCCUACGAUAGUGGCACCGUCGUUGGCGCAUCUUACUCCCAUGCCGAUAUACUGAAGAGUAUGUCCCAUGUGCCGCCUCGUACGCCACCAAAGUCCGGUUCUCCUGCCGGGCAGGAACGCAAUGCUGCAACAACGGCAAUACGUGCUGGUGGAAAGGCUACUCCGUCUCCAAACCAGCCCUAUAAUAGUGGCUUGUCACAAGGCACAGGUGGCUGGGCACAUGAUCAUGAGGGUUUAGAUGACGAUUAUUAUGACGAAAUUGUUUAUGAUGACGACGAGGACGAAUUCGGUCUUCCCAGUAUUGCCAGCAUGCGCAAAAAGGGGAAAACCUCUCGAAAGAAUGAUUCAGCACAUAAAACAAGCAACUCGACGUCGAAAAGUACUUUGAGCUUGAAUUACGAUCCUUCAAGUCGUCCACGAGCGAACAGCUCCGACAUUGCGGAAGAACGAGGCGUGUCGCUAUAUCCAUCAGCGAAAAAGAGCGAAGGCAAAAUACUUCGGCCGCAGUACAAGGAUGUUCUGAAGGACCCGGCCAACUCUUUGAACCUAAUCAACCAUUCUCCCCCACCUUCUGAUGCUCCGCCAAGCCAAUGGCAGGCUUACUCUGCAAGAAUCACGAGAAUCAACAAGUUCAAACGUAUUCUACAGUCGAGUUCAGUAUCACUAUCAGAGCUCCGUGAUCUGGCUUGGUCUGGCGUCCCCGACGAAGUGAGGGCGAUGACUUGGCAGCUGCUGUUGGGAUAUUUACCAACGAACAGUGAACGUCGUGUUUCAACGUUGGAAAGGAAACGUAAGGAGUAUCUCGAUGGAGUUCGUCAGGCAUUCGAGCGAGUAGCAACGACCGGCGGGCCCGGGUCAAGCAACACAAGCUCUGGCCGCGGAAGAGGCUUGGAUGAGGCAGUCUGGCACCAAAUCAGUAUUGAUGUUCCCCGGACGAGUCCUCAUCUAGAAUUAUACGGAUACGAGGCAACACAGCGCUCGCUAGAAAGGAUACUCUACGUCUGGGCUAUUCGACACCCUGCUAGCGGCUACGUGCAGGGAAUCAAUGACCUUGUCACCCCAUUUUGGCAAGUAUUUUUAGGUGCCUAUAUUACAGAUCUCAAUGUGGAAAAGGGAAUGGAUCCUGGCCAGCUACCUAGGUCUGUUCUUGAUGCAGUAGAAGCAGAUUCUUUCUGGUGUCUGACUAAGCUUCUUGACGGGAUCCAAGACAACUACAUCUACGCCCAGCCGGGCAUUCACAGACAGGUAAAGGCUCUGCGGGAUUUGGUGAAACGGAUUGACACUAGCUUAGCCAAUCAUCUUGAGAGCGAGGGCGUAGAGUUUAUGCAAUUCAGUUUCAGAUGGAUGAACUGCUUGCUUAUGAGAGAGAUGAGUAUCAAGAAUACCAUCCGCAUGUGGGAUACUUAUAUGGCGGAGGAACAGGGUUUCUCAAGAUUCCACCUAUAUGUUUGUGCAGCUUUCCUGGUGAAAUGGACUGAUAGGCUGCUUAAAAUGGACUUUCAGGAAAUUAUGAUGUUCCUACAGGCAUUACCUACGAAGGACUGGACGGACAAGGAGAUCGAAUUGCUAUUGAGUGAGGCUUUUAUCUGGCAGAGCCUCUUCCAGGAUUCAAGUGCCCACUUGCGAAACGCGGAUGAACCCACGUCACCUGGUCACUUAUUGCGAUAA